AUGGAACGGGAUUUUGGUAUCACAAAUUAUCUUGGAGACCGUGAGAUCAGUGUCCCUUGCGUGUUAAAAGAAUUAUACUCUGAUUUCAUCGUGCAGGAAGUUCUUGAGGAUAAAACUGUACUACAACUUCGGACGGGGGACGAGAUCAGGAAUUUAUGUCAAGAGGAAGAGGAGAGAAGUGUUGAUGAGACUGUCACAGUGCCUUCCUUCUUGAAUAGUGAACACCUCCAGAGCAUGGAUGCUAUGGAUAAAAAUUCAAAGCCGCUACUAAUAAUCUUGGCCUUAAGCAAGGACGAUCGAAAAACUUUACAUGAAUUCGUGAGGGUUGCGAUAUCAUGGAAAACUGAGUACGGAAACAAAGGAAAAUCUAUCGAGGUCAACUACUGCGAAAGCGAAAACGUGGAACAGGAUGGCCCUAAUCAGGAGUCACUUUACGUUAGCAAAGAAAACAAGGACACUAGCUACGCUUUGGGCGUCUUUGCUAAUUCCAUCAAUGGUGACUGUAAACACUUUCCGAACACACGCGAAUCAAAGAUCGCCGUGCUGUGA